ACUUUCCCGCUCAACAGCUCAAAGAUGUGCAGGUGACUUAAGAGCACGCACACACACAUACGAAAAGAAGCACGUGCACGCAUACACACAUACAUACGUACAUAUGGAUAUGCGCGCUUUGCAUAUGCUUGCAUUUUUUCGGUUCAAGGUCAUGAGGAGGCCAAAUGCUAAAACACAUUUGCUGUACAAAUGGCAGGCGGAGCUGGGCGAGGAGUGCUUCGAGCCCCACAAUGGCUACAUGCACUGCACGCUGUGCAACAGAUUGUUAACUGCCAAUCGGCGCGCGCAGCUGGUGCAGCAUCUGUACUGCUCUGGCCACAUGAACAACGAGUUCCAAGCAGCAAAACACGAACAACAACAAGAACAACAUUGGGCAACAACGGAUGGCGAAACGGAGAGCUUUGUGGAUGUUGUGGGCGUGUCGGACAUAGAGGAUGCGCCACAAAAUGAGCGCAACUUCCAGCUGGACUUAUGCGCAGCUUUGCGCGCCGCCAACAUACCGCUGUGCGUGCUGGACAAUGGACGAUUCCGGCAAUUCCUGGGCAAAUAUACGCGCCAGCUCAUACCCGACGAGCGCUACAUGCGCAGCCGGUACAAAAUGUGAUACUUGAAUGUGUCCAUUGCUGACGUUUAUUGGCCGUGCUAAUAAUACAGACUAAACUAAACUAGCUGAUUAAAUAGAUAUACAUAUGUA